CCGGGUCACUAGAUAGUAGAUACCGAGAGAUGUGGGUCUUGUAGAAUCUGGCACGCGCAAGCCACACUCCCUUUUUAUCCUUAACCACAUAUUUUUUUUUUCUUUCUAAAUCGUCAUCCUUGUUCUUCGUUUCGUGAGUCUACAAAUCUGAGUUGUCCGCUUCAUCAUUUCUCUAGAAGACGAGCGAAAAUAUUAUCUGGAUUAACUGCCUUCUCCUCCAUAAUACAAAGAUAUGACUUCGUAUAUGAGUUCUGCUCCUUCAGUCACAAAUCUUUGGACAACACCUAACAACGUGAUCCAAUUAGCUGAUAUGGUAUCCACUGAAUCAUACCACUUGUUGAGUGGGAAGAAGACUCUUAUCUUCUCCCUCAGGCCUACAAAGAGUUUUCCAUUAUCACUUACUCAGAUGAAGAUCAGAGUUCCGAGAACCUUAGCUUUUGCCUCAGCGAAAGGGAAAGGCAAAGCUGAAAGCGGAGUGGAGGCUAUCGUUGGUGAUAAUAAAAGCUCCACAGAACGUAACUGGAGUUUCGACUUUCCAGAGUCCAAAGCUGAGUUUUGUCUUGUAGACUCAGAGGCAUACCAAAACCUGUCUAGUGUUCUUGAAAAACUGAAUGCUCUUCGCUCACAUCUACUAGCAGCAAAGAAGUGGAACGCUUCUAGACUUCAGUCAUGUGACAGCAAAUAUCUAGAAUGUGCUACAAACUUAAUCCAUUAUAUGGCUUUGAGGUCAUUGGACACUGAGCAGCUCAACAAUUAUCUUGCUUCUCUUGGUCUGUCAAGUUUAGACAACGACAACAAUCUGUCUGUUCUCUCCAACCUUGACGCAACCAUUAAUCUGUUGUUGAAGUCUCCCAUGGAAUCUUGGAAGCAGCAGAAGGGUAAUAAGAUUAUUGAGAAGAAUGAUAAAGGAAGGGUAUUAUCAUCAUAUAAAGAGUCAUUAUUACUUGGUAAGCUUCGUGAGGGGAAAAAAACUCAUAUCAUGGUAACUGUUGGUAAAGAAGCAACCGAGAGUGAAACUUUUAUAACAGACAUUCUUAAGGCUGGCGCUUCGGUUAUCCGUAUAAACUGUGCACAUGGAGACCCCACCCUUUGGGGUGAGAUCAUCAAAAGGGUAAGAAGAACCUCUCAGAUGCUUGAGAUGCCAUGCCGCAUUCUUAUGGAUUUAGCUGGACCAAAACUGAGAACUGGCACCUUAAAACCUGGUCCAUGCGUGAUGAAAGUUUCACCCAAGAAAGAUGCUUACGGAAACGUGGCUUCUCCUGCUAUUGUAUGGCUCUCUGUAACAGAAACAGAACCUCCUGCUCACCUUUCCCCUGACGCUACUAUAUUCGUACAAGACCAGGAGUUUCUUGCUGGUCUCCAAAUUGGUGAUUCUGUAAGACUAUAUGACGCUAGAGGGAAAAAGAAAAAGCUUAGGAUCUCAAAAGAGUUUGAUGUUUUCUCCAGUACUGGAUUUGUGGCUGAAUGUUUUGACACUGCUUAUGUUGAGCCUGGAACUGAGUUAUGCGUUAAGGGAAAUAAAGGGAGACGUUUGUUUGGUGAAGUAGUGGAUGUUCCUCCCAAGGAAUCUUUUGUAAGGCUCAGAGUGGGUGAUUUGCUAGUCAUAACCAGAGAAGGAUCGUUUGAUGAACCUUCUGUAACUGUUCCAGGAGCUCAUAGGCUAACGUGUCCUUCAGGUUACUUGUUUGAUUCGGUCAAGCCAGGGGAAACCAUUGGUUUUGAUGACGGCAAAAUAUGGGGAACAAUCAAAGGAGCUAGCCCUGCAGAGGUGAUUGUCUCCAUCACUCAUGCUGGCCCCAAAGGUACAAAACUAGGAUCAGAGAAGUCUAUAAACAUUCCUCAGAGCGAUAUCCGUUUCAAAGGCCUGACUUCAAAAGAUAUCAAAGAUCUUGAGUAUGUAGCUUCACAUGCUGACAUGGUUGGCAUUUCAUUCAUACGUGAUGUCCAAGAUAUUACAGUUCUUCGACAAGAGCUCAAGAAAAGGAAACUUAACGAUCAGCUUGGUGUUGUUCUCAAGAUUGAAACGGAAAGUGGGUUUCAGAAUUUGCCCUUGAUUCUACUAGAGGCGAUGAAGUGUUUGAAUCCUUUAGGAGUUAUGAUAGCUCGAGGUGAUCUUGCGGUUGAAUGUGGAUGGGAGAGAUUAGCUAAUUUACAGGAAGAGAUUAUGGCUAUCUGCAAAGUUGCUAGAAUGCCGGUGAUUUUGGCGACUCAGGUUCUUGAAUCACUUGUCAAAUCAGGUGUUCCAACUAGAGCCGAGAUCACAGAUGCUGCUAAUGGCAGAAGGGCGAGCUGUGUGAUGUUGAACAAAGGAAAGCAUAUCGUUGAAGCUGUUUCGAUGUUGGACACUAUCCUUCAUACCAAGCUUAUAUAUAAAAAAACCGGAGUCUGAAAAUCUACAUUGAUGUGUCCAUGAACUGGGUGCGUCCGGUUAAGUCCUAGUUGAACAUUUGCGGCUUCUGGAUCUGUCUAUGCUUCAAACACAGGAUUUAGACCGGUUCGGUUCUGCACUGGAACCCGUCGCCUUGGAAUCUUUAGCUGUUAAUUCUAUUCGUAUAGCUCUAAAAGAAAGAGAUUUUAGUGGGAAUCUAAUAUGUUUUUAGGUUAUAAAACAAUCAUUCGCAACAUCGAAAGCUUUGCCUUCUUGUUCGCUUUAGUUUUCCCCCUUUUUUCUACAAUGAAUUGAAAUCCCAUCCA